AUGCUAGAUGAUGAAAUAUAUUCUGCGACAAAAGUAGAAUUUGAACAGAAAUUGUUCAAGGAUUUAGAAGAACUAGAUGACCCAUUGGAAUUAUUCUUAGACUACAUAUCAUGGCUGAAUCAGUAUCAUGAUAAUGACGCCGAGCUUAUUAGCUUACUAAAACGUUGUAUCGACUAUAUUUCAAAUAUCGAUACUUAUUCAAAUGAUCCAAGAUUAAUUAAAAUUUGGUUGCUGUACAUUAAACUAUAUUCGAAUAAUAAUCUAAAUAUUCAAUUGAAACAAUUCAUUAUUAUGAUCAAUCAUCCAAAUAAAAUCGGGUAUAAACUAAGUUUAUUUUAUGAAACUAUAGCGAACUUAUUAUUUAAUUUAAAAUAUUUUAAAAAUUGUCUAUUAAUUUUAAAAUUCGGUAUUAAUUUAAAUGCAAGACCAUUAAUUAAAUUGAAAAAUUUGUUCAAUCAUUAUAAAAAUAUCAUUCCACAAAAGUAUCAUCAUCAUGAUUCAAUGAAUUUACCAUUAAAUUUAAUUGAUUGUAUCUCCUUAGUUAAUGAACCAGUCUAUAAAAUUAUUGGUGAAAAAAAUGAAAAGAUUGAUUGUAAUUUUAAUCUGCUAUAUCAAGAUAACGAAUCAAUGGAAUUUAAUUUUGAUCAAAUUUUAGCCCUUUCAAGAAAUUUUUAUUAUAAGAAAAUUUUUUUUAGUCAAAAUUUAUCAUCUUUAAGUAAAUCAAAACAUAAAAUUUAUAUCGAUACCACUGAAGAAUUAUCACCAAUAAAAUUACAAAAAAUUAAUAAAGAGAACCAAUAUACUAACAUUACUAAUACUUCUUUAUUACCAUUAAAAGACGAUAAUGAGAGCAACGAUUCAAAAAAGAAACAAAAUGAAUCUGUUGGUUUAACUCAACAUCAUUCACCAACUGUAACAAUGUUUUCAAAAGAUGCAAUCGAUGACGUUUAUUCAAUGUUUAAUCAACAAAAUCAACCAUUUCAACAUGAUGAUACAAUCACUACUACCACUAAUACUACUACUACUAAUAAAUAUGCUGUAUUUGAAGGUGAUGGUUUUACACAAGAUUUUACAAGGCAAAAUAUUGAUGAUCUCACUGAUAUUAAUUCAUAUCAAAAUAAUAAAGAUAAAAAAUUAAAGGAGAAUAUUACAAUGGAAUUUAAAAGUACUUUACAAGAUUUUAUGACUCCAAUUAAAGAAUUUACAGAAAAUAAUGAAUUUAAUAAUAAUAAUAAUAACAAUAAUAUUAUUAAAUCUACUCAAAGUUCACCAUUUUUAACACAACCACCGGUACCAGUACCAGUACCGAUACCGAUACCGAAUUCAAUGAUAAUUGAACAUCCAUUUGAUUCAAAUUUAAGAAAUAAAUUAUUAUUAACAAUUGAUCCACCUUUAGAUCAAUAUAAAAAUUUUUAUAGGUAUAAUCAAUCAUUGAAAAUGAGUACAUUAUUGAAAAAAAUUCAUAAAUUAUCAAAAACGGAAAAUAAAAAUCCAAUUAUUGAUUUUAAAAAGACAAAUGAUUUAUAUUGUAUUAGAUCAGAAUUAGGUCAAGGUGGUUAUGCAAUUGUUUAUCUAGCUGAAUCAAGUAAAGGUAAUUUAAAAGCUUUAAAAAUUGAAAGACCUGCAAGUGUUUGGGAAUAUUAUAUUUUAAAACAAAUCGAAGCAAGACUUUAUGAUAAUCAAAAAAUACUUAAAUCAAUUAUUCAAGUUGAUUCUUUACAUUAUUUUUUAGAUGAAAGUUAUCUUGUAUUAAAUUAUGCUAAUCAAGGUACUGUAUUAGACUUAAUUAAUUCAAUGGAUAAUAAUUCAGUUGAUGAAUUAUUAUGUAUGUUUUUAACAAUUGAAUUAAUGAAAAUUAUUGAAUCUUUACAUGAUAUCGGUAUUAUUCAUGGAGAUUUAAAACCUGAUAAUUGUAUGAUAAGAUUUGAACCAAUUUUAAUUAAUUCAAAUCAAAAUAAUGAUAAAUCAAUUAAUUUAGGUAGAUAUAACAAAUAUUCAAAAGAUGGUUGGAAUUUUAAAGGAAUUUAUUUAAUUGAUUUUGGUAGAUCAUUUGAUAUGAAUUUAUUUCCAAAUGGAACUACUUUUAAAUCUGAUUGGAAAACUGAUCAACAAGAUUGUAGUCAAAUGAGAUUAGGUAAAGAAUGGACUUUUGAAGCAGAUUAUUAUGGAUUAGCUGGUAUAAUUCAUUCUCUAUUAUUUGGUCAAUUUAUUGAUACUAUUAGAUUACCAAAUAAUAAAUACAAAUUAAGAAAACCAUUUAAAAGAUAUUGGCAUACAAAAUUAUGGGAUGAUAUUUUUAAUCUUUUAUUAAAUAGUGGAGAUAAUAAUUUUGGACCAUUACCUUUAACAUCAAAUUUAAAAAAAUUAAGACAAUCAUUAGAAAAUAUAUUAGAACAAGAUAUUAAUAGUGAUAAAUUACGUAGAAUUAUUUUAGAUUUAGAGACUGAUUUAAUGUCAAAGGAUAAGACCAAUGAAACACAUAUAAAUAAAUAA